GCACAACUGUCUUUUUCCAAGAAAUCAGCGAAAAGUUUUGAGUGUUGCAUCGUGUUUGCCUGGGGCACCAAAAGACAAGGAGUUCCGCCAGUUGACGGCUGCGCAUAUCGCGGUGUGCUCCAACCUGAAUGCAUCACGUAGUUUUGGUUUUCUAAUUCCAAUCACAUUUGCAUUCCAAACGAAACAAGCAUCACUCUAGCGGACCGAUGGACCCUGAGAUAAUAACGCGCAUUCCUUUGAUUUGCAGUCCGGAAUGAAGACGCAUUUUCUAAUAGCAAUUCGUGUUAGGUUUUUUCAUCGUCCGCCGCAUCCUGUGACGCACAACGGGUCACCGGUGUUUGUUUGGCAAAGAAGUGGAUAAACCAAUCGACGCUGAACAAAACAGCGUACGAUUUAUUCAUGCAGAGGCUCACUAAGAUUUACAAAAGUGAUUCCUUCACCAGAUGCGGCGUCUCUGACUGAAGGGAGUUCCGGACUCUAGCAUGCUGUGGCGUAACAUAGUCUGAAUCAAACGAACAAUGGUGCUCGGCUUUGCCCAGACCAGCGUUUAUCACGAUUGUCCCGACAUCUCACGUGUGCGUUUCCGGGUGACUGUGUGGUACCUUAGUCCUGUUAAUUGUAACGCCGCACGGAUUGUGAUCGGCAAGGACAGAAGAUGCAGCAGAGUGCCCACCGAAGUUGUCGGGGUGCACUGCGAAAUGCAGUCCCCUCAAAACACUAGUUCAGGAAAAGAUAAACAACCUUUCCAUCCCAACUCGGCCGCACAUGUCCGACGGUAUUGCGAAGACAUUGUUUGGCAAGAGAAAUUAAUUAACCCAACAGAAGAAGCGGUGUACAUGAAUGCCUCCUGUCAUGUUCGGGCAGAACAUCAGAAGUUCGAGUUGUUUCAGUCGCAAAUAAGAAUGCUCAAGGAGGGGAGAGCAGUACCUUUUACACGUCUCAGUAGCGGCAUCUAUACAAUUACUGACCGGGAUCUGGCCGACGGCUGUAUCCCGAAACAAAUUCAAGCUUUUCAUGACCUCUACGCGAGCCCGCCUCUCUACAAUUCGGACGCCGUACAAGCUGAGAUGGCCCAAGUUCGAACGGAGCCCGGUGCAGGUGCCGCCGUUCUAAGCGCUGCAGAACGAUUUUGCACUGAAACGAUGUACAUAAUGGCAUCGAUCGAAAGCACAGGGAUCCCAGAAGACGUUGUUCUUUGCCACAUCACGUACAACCAAAGAGGAAACGUUGUCCGAAUGACGCCAGGCUUCUCUGAAUACGGCAAGACGUUCCGGGCGACCACACCGCUGGGUGUACCUUACGAGUAUACAAUUGAUGAUGUGACACAGUGUGACGAAGGGAAUAAGCCAGUCGACGCCGCUAUCGAGCCCUUCCCCUUAAGGGCGAAUCCAACAGCAGUACCGAUGAUCCGGGAGGAAGUGUGGUCUGCUUGGGGAGAAAUCGAAAGCUUCGACAGAACCGGAGUACAUGCGAUCGAUUCGUCCAGCACUAAGGCCUUCCCAAACCAGCAUUGGGAUGAGAUCGGCCCUAAUAAAUGUGGUCUGAGUAGAGAUAUGCUUCACCAAGAAACUCGCGUGUACCGCUUAGGCGCACUGCUCCCUGACAUCAAUAAAAGCCUCGGAGAAGCCUCCUGAAACAACUUCAACCCUGGGCGCGGGCGCUGGAAUGGAUCUGCCCAAAAUUCGUGUGAGUAUCCAUAAGUGAGGUGUGAAAAAGCAGCGGGAAGAACGUGGUCAUAAAGCUCAAGGAGCAUCGGCUUGACAGCAUACUGCAUUUGUGAAAGGCGCCUACAGUGGGUUGUCAUCCUUGCCCGGGAAAAGAAUGCAGACAACUGGCAACCAUGUGGUCUGUCUACUGUGCUUGGAAAUCUUGGACAGGUAUCUUCUAUACGAGUUGCAGUUGCCUCAGUCAAAGGGUAGGAUCAUCAGAGCUGACGAGGGGCACGUGGGGAAUGAUGAGAGCCGCAGUGCUGAACGUGAGGAGCGUGGGAACACACGCAGCAAUACCAGUGACGCCCACCUGUUGCAACUUAAUGUCGUCAUUUAAUAGUACUUACUACACCAUCCUCUCGUGAUGGGUGCUAACGCGUCUCAGGUGGAAACUUGUUGCGUAGUGCCGAGUCCUCACAGUUUGUAGCAUCCCCCACGUGUCGUGGAGCUCUCUUUUCGUAUUUUCUGUUACUGUAGGAGGAGGGACCAGCUGCGGCCAUGUGUUGCCAGAUAUGAUACGCAUACACUUGCAUGUGCCCCGACGUUGCAACUAUAGCUGAUACGGCGGUCCCAGUUUGACACUCACUUCAGUCUCUUCUUGAGGGAAAAGUAUCCCGCUGGCCAUCACCGUUAUGCCUGGGCGACUGCAACAUCUAAGAAUUAGUGCGCCGCCUCGUUUGUUCAGCUUGGUCCGUUGAUUACGUUGGCGAUGGAUUUGAGCGGCGACAGGGCAAGAGGAGACACAAGCUCAUUGGGGCGACAUCGAUCAGCUGCGGAGCGAAUGGAAGUGGCCUCCACGUGUUUUCUCAUGUAAGGUCCUUUACCUGAGGAAAGGUUUGCCAGAGCGAUUGCUCUUCUGUCCUUGUCUGCUGCUUGCAUAGCGCAGGCGGUGCGCAUUUCAUUUGUGAAGUCAUCUAUGAUUUUUCUUGUGGUUGGUGUGGUGCUCGUUCCCCGCGACUAAAAGCCUUUCGAAGUUCACCUUCAUAAAAAAGGCGAGGACGUGACUGGCGACCCCCUCGUACACUCAUUGAACAACGACGCCAACGAGUUCCCAAGACUGUAUUUCCAGGUAAGGUGGGUAGCGCGCAUCACCACAGCCGCGUGAUAAAUCGGUUUAACAUUCGAGUCCAGUACGCCUGGACAUCACGCUGUCCUCCUCGAUACUUAUUCCUAACAGGGGGGUGUUAUACCGGAUAAAACCAAACCACACGUUCAGCUGCAGCCGACUCGAAAAAUGUCACAUGCAAUAUAAAAACGCAGCCUGGCAGUGUCCGUGACACUAUCACGGACAGCUACCCAGACGGCUCUGAAUAAUCUUGUCCUAUCACAUACCUUAGUCUGAUUACUCAUGGGCAAUAAUGUCUGGCGCAUAAGUUAAAUGGCUUUACCAAGGUCAGACACGGUAGAGAACAGAUUGAACAAAGAGACAUCACGGCCAAUGGAUGGUUGUGGAA